AGACUGAGACAGUGACCUGGGAAUUGGAUUUGGAUUUCAAAUCCGCUGAUUUAAAACGCCUUUGAGCCUUAAAAAUCCCACAAAUUCUCUCUCUCUCUCUCUCUCUCUCUACAUUUGAAUUUUCACUAUCCCAUAGAUCUUCUUCUCCUCUCUCGGUUUCGGAUCCUCCGAUUUGCAAAACCUCCGCUUCUGCUUCUCUCUCUCGCCGAUCUUCUGUACUGUAUCCGUUCACUAAUAUCUCUCUCUCUCUUUUUAGUCGAAUCUGUUCGCAUGGAGCUCUGAUUACUCCAGUAUCCAAUGGAUUCUGAUAAUCUUCUUCCCAUUGAUGGGUUUGGAACGGCCCAUCAAAAUGGUGAUCAUGUGCAAAGUCUUGCCGCUGGAGACGUUGGUGUUUCAGAUAAUGUAAAUGGGACUAUUGACAAAAUUUCAGAAUCUACAGGGCCAGACAAAAAUUUAGAGAUUGCAUCUAAGUUGGAAGAUAGUGCUACUAAUAAUUCAUAUGCAGUUGAGGUCGGGGAAGGAUCAAAUGUCCAUGCGAGAAGCAAUGGAUUCACUGGUCCUAAUGAAGGGGAAACGAAAGAUGCUGAACGUUCAGAUAAAGUGAAAUCGCCAAAGGGCCUUGGAAAGAGCAAGAAUGAAAAGCCAUCAAACCUAAAAAAUGUCUCAGCCACUCAGAUGAAAGCGGGCAAGGAUGGAAAAAUAACCAGGGCGCCUCCUACUGUUUCAAAUGGGUCACUUGCAUCAAAUUCACAGUCAAAGCAGACUUUGAGAAGCAAAUCGUUCAAUGAGAAGCAGCAUUCUGGGAAGUCUGAUGCGACAUCCUCUGAAGGCCACAUGGAGAGGACAAAAGUGAAAGCUUUGAAGAAAGGACCUAAUGCUAAAGCUGAAGAGGAGCCACAAACUCCUAUAAGUCCCACUCGCAGAGUGGGGGCACUUCCAAAUUAUGGUUUUAGCUUUAAGUGUGAUGAGCGAGCUGAGAAAAGGAAGGAGUUCUACUCUAAACUUGAGGAAAAGAUUCAAGCCAAGGAAGAAGAAAAGAAUACCUUGCAAGCAAAAUCCAAGGAAACUCAAGAAGCUGAGAUCAAGUUGCUUAGGAAGAGUUUGAACUUCAAAGCAACACCAAUGCCUAGCUUCUAUCAGGAGCCUCCACCACCUAAGGUGGAGCUAAAAAAGAUACCCACGACAAGACCCAAAUCUCCCAAGUUAGGUCGAAGGAAGAGUUCAUCUCCUGUAGAUCCUGAAGUAAACAAUAGCCAGAGUAGUCGGCUAAGUUUAGAUGAGAAAUUGUCUCAAAACAACUCUGCCAAAGGACCACCUCCUGUUCAUUCAAAGAAGCCACAGAGAAAGUCCCUGCCUAAAUUGCCUUCUCAGAAGAGCAGUUUAUCCAAUGCAACAAACAAUGAGAAAACUGCAUCAUCAUCUAAAGCAACAGAAGUGGAAAAUGCCACCUUGUCGUGUCAAGUGAAUGAAGAAGCUUCUCCUGUACAAGAGGUUCCAAGGGCUGCUUUAACUAGUGAAGCCCAGCCCCACAAAGAUGAGGAGCUAGUAGUUGGAGAGCAAGCUCAGCCUACUGUAGUGCAAGAAUGUAUAGCUUCUGGGUGUUAAUCAGCUGUGCCCAGAAUGGCCUUGAAUCGAUGUCCGUAAAUAAGAGGUCAAGACCUGAAUCAUCUCAUCAAUGAAGGAAUGAAGAAAAUUGCAGUAUGGAUUGUGAUGUCAUGUUUGUCAGUAUUCAGCAGCAUUGGUUGUUUUGUGUGCCUGCUCUCAAGGUUGCUGAUGAUCUUCUCAUUAGUAUUCUUCAUUCUGCUUGCAGCAUUGUAUGUUACAAUUUGCUAAAAUUUAACUUAUUUAUGUUGUUAAGCAUCCUUAUUGAAAAUAUUUUUGGAAAAUUUUGAAGAAGUCUGCUGCUAGAUAAUAGCUUGAGAUCAGAAGUUAUGUGAUGUCCGUUUGAACCCAUUCUAUUGAACAAUUUAACGUUGAUGAUGAAGGCUGGUUUCUUCUGUGAUUUAA